AGAGAAAUAAGCCUUUUCUAGUUCCUCCCCCGCCUCUUGACUUUUUCCGGGUACCCAUGAGUCAGUUAGGGGAGGGCAUCCUCUCUCACCCUGGCUGAUCAUUCUGAGACCUGGGGCUAUCUGCUGAAUGAAUUCUGCUGGAAAAUGGAGCACUCCAGUUUUCUGGCUGGCCUGAUACUGGCUGUCCUUCUCUCCCAAGUGAGUCCCUACAAGAUAUCUGUGGAGGAGCUUGAGGACAAGGUGUUAUUGAGUUGUAACACCAGCAUCAUAUGGAUGGAGGGAACGACGGGAACACUGCUUCGAAACGAUACAAAUCUGGACUUGGGAAGACGCAUCCUGGACCCACGAGGAGUGUAUACGUGCAAGAGGAAAGAAGAGCAAGACAAAAUACACUUUAUGCAAGUAUAUUAUCGAAUGUGUCAGAACUGUGUGGAGCUGGACUCAGGCACCCUGGCUGGCAUCAUCAUCACGGACAUAAUCACCACAAUUCUCCUCGCUUUGGGGGUCUAUUGCUUUGCGGGACACGAGACUGGAAGGCUCUCUAAGGCCGCUGACACUCAAACUCUCCUGGGAAAUGACCAGCUCUACCAGCCCCUUCGAGAUCGGAAUGAUGCCCAGUACAGUCAUCUUGGCGAAAACUGGUCUCGGAAGAAGUGAAUCUGAGGCUGGUGGCUUCUAGGAGUGUCAGCUAUCGACUGUGCCUUCUUUCCUUGCUCGGCCAAUAAAGAUGUCUUCUCUCACUCAG